UCUUGUAGCUCACCACGCCACAAGCUUUGUCGUUAUUUUCUUUUCUUGUUCUUUACGAAUUAUGAUGGGACCAGUGCCCAUGUCGAACUAUACCAGCAAAUUAAUGGCCUCUAGAGUAGGUACUAAGGAGGAAACCUGUGUGUCUUCCUCAACAUUACUCCUUCUGCUGUCAUCGGAGAAUGACAAUGCUCCACCCUCUGAUGAUCUAAUUAAUCCAAUCCAUACCUUAUACCUGCUUUCAGACAAGAAAAAGAUAUAUUAUUAAAUUUUUUAAUUUGCUGUUAUAUUUUGAAAUAAAUCAAAAACUGAAUUAUUGUAUUUAUAUAUUAAUAUUACGGGGCAGGCGGUUGACAAAAAUGGAGUGGGAGUUGCAGUGGUAGAUUUCAAACUGGGUCCCAUUCGUCCUUUCUUCCAUCAAGCUACUGAUUACUUGAUUAUUAUUUUAAACGAAUUAAUCUGCAAUUCUCUUCUCAAAUCUUCCCUCCCGUUCACACCUUUAGGCACAGACGAAUAUCAAAUACUUCAUUUUUCAUAGGUUGGUACAUCCUCAGCCAUCCAUUAUUAUCUGAAACUUCAACAAUUACAGAGCUAACGUAAUUUAAAAAGAGGAAUAAAGAAAAUUCUACAGGGUUAGAACAAAAAGGGGGAUCAUUUUAACAAUUAGCGAAGGAAAAGACACUGCGUUUUAGAGCUCUGGAUUCUUGGUUGAAUUGUGGAGAUGCACUGUGAUGGUUUCGAUGUAUUGUGGGCUCCGUCAAUGCUUUUUUUCGCUGAAAGAGUUGCAGUGUGUUAAAUCCUUGGGCUAUUUUCUCAAACUUCAUUGGUUGAUUAGGAAGUCAAUUUCGUUUCUUUGAAGAGCAUCUAGUGUAAUGAAACAUUAUGAGACUUAAGGAUUGGACGAAAGAGUGGGGACUCGGCAUUAGAGGGAGAUUGUGGAAGAUGAUGAAGUGUAUUCGUUCAGGGGAGCAGCUAAGAGUAGAAGACAUGGCUGCUUCAUCAGAGUCCUUGGCAACUAGGGACUAUUCAGCGAGUGGUUAUUCCUCUAGAGCUGGUGAGAUAGACACAAAGAUUGAUAAUAGCAACAUUGAGGAAGCAGAGUCAUCUCUUCGUGAGAGUGGUUAUCUCAACUAUGAGGAGGCAAGAGCAUUGUUGGGAAGGCUUGAGUAUCAGAAAGGAAAUAUAGAAGCAGCUCUUCAGGUGUUUGAUGGAAUUGACAUUGCUGCUGUGACUUCCAAGAUGAAAGUCUCACUUUCUAGAAGGUGCGAGCAAAAUCGACGUCGCUCUCAAAGUGAUGCUGCCCCAACCAUGUCUAUGCAUGCUAUUACUUUACUCCUUGAAGCUAUUUUUCUCAAAGCAAAAUCACAGCAGGGUCUUGGAAGGUUUGGAGAAGCUGCUCAAUCAUGUAAAGCGAUUUUGGAUACUGUUGAGUCUGCAUUGCCAGAAGGUGUGCCUGAAAAUUUUUCUAGCGAUUGUAAACUACAAGAGAUUCUAAACAAAGCUGUUGAAUUACUUCCAGAGCUGUGGAUACUUGCUGGGGCUCCACAGGAAGCUAUCUUAUCAUACCGGCUGGCACUUCUCUAUUAUUGGAAUCUGGAGACAGAGACGAAAGCAAAGAUAGAAAAGGAAUUUGCUAUUUUUCUUUUGUAUAGUGGUACUGAGGCAAGCCCUCCAAAUCUCCGUUCACAGAUGGAAGGAUCAUUUGUGCCAAGAAACAAUGUAGAAGAGGCUGUUCUUCUGUUGAUGAUUCUGUUAAGAAAAUUUGCUAACAGAAGGAUUGGGUGGGACCCAACCAUCAUUGAUCACCUUUCAUUUGCCCUGUCUGUUUCCGGGGAACUAAGGGCACUAGCCCGUCAGAUAGAGGAGUUGCUUCCAGGAAUCCUGGAAAGAAAAGAAAGAUAUUGCACUCUAGCACUCUGUUAUCAUGAAGAUGGGGAGGCUAUGGUGGCUUUGAAUCUUUUGAGGAAUCUACUUAAUAACAGAGAGAACCCAGAUUGCAUACUGGAAUUACUACUAGCUUCAAAGAUUUGUGCAGAGAAUAUGAUUUGUGUUGAACAAGGGAUGACAUACACUUCCAAAGCAAUUUCUGAAUUGCAAGGUAUAUGUGGCCAGAUGGUAAGCGUUGCAAACUGCUUACUGGGUCUUUUACUGUCAACUCAGUCCAGAUCAGUUCCUUCUGAUUCUGAGCGGACUUCUAAGCAGUCUGAAGCACUUGAGGCACUUGGAACUGCUGAGAAAGUAAUGAGAGAAAGAGAUCCGCAUAUAAUUUUUCAUCUUAGCCUAGAAAACGCUGAGCAGAGGAAGUUGGACAUUGCACUUUAUUAUGCAAAACAGCUUUUGAAACUGGAGGCUGGAUCUAGUGUUAAAAGUUAUAUCCUUCUGGCUCGAAUAUUGUCAGCUCAAAAACGGAUUGUCGAUGCAGAGACAGUAAUCAGUGCUGCUCUAGAUCAGACUGGGAAGUGGGACCAAGGAGAACUGUUACUAACAAAAGCUAGACUCCAGAUUGCACAGGGCCAGUUAAAGAAUGCUAUACAGACCUAUACUCAUCUUCUUGCUGUUGUCCAAGUUCAAACUAAAACCUUUGGUGGUAGAAAGAAGCUUCUAAAGAGUAGGGGAAACCAUGACAGAAGAUUGGAAAUGGAAACAUGGCAUGAUCUAGCUUAUGUGUAUACAAGUUUGUCUCAGUGGCGGGAUGCUGAGAUCUGUCUUGCAAAAUCUAAGGCUAUUAAUCCUUACUCUGCUUCAAGAUGGCACGCCACAGGUUUCCUGUAUGAAGCCAAGGGUUUGCACCAAGAUGCUCUGAAAUCAUUCAGGGCAGCACUAGAUGUUGAUCCCUCGCAUGUUCCAAGCUUGAUAUCUACUGCUAGUGUACUCAGACUGCUUGGCAGCCAAUCAAUGCCCAUUAUCAGAAGCUUUCUUACAGAUGCUCUUCGACUUGACAAAAUGAACCAUUCUGCAUGGUACAAUCUUGGGCUUCUCUACAAGGAUGAUGCCAGUGCAUCAGCACUUGAAGCAGCCGAGUGCUUUGAGGCUGCAGCAGUUGUAGAAGAAUCUGCACCAGUUGAACCCUUCAGAUCAUAAAACGUACAUUAUGCUUCUGUAAGUUCACAUGUAGUUGUAAAUUUUGAAAAAUUUUUCCAUACGAUUUGGGCAUCUUCUUGUUGAAAGUUUUUGUUGGAUGACACUGGCGAAGAGAGAAAAGAAUAGAUGGGGAAAAGGAGAGGAAGCGUUCUUCAGUGAUUUUGCUUUCACUGAAAACCCAUUUGUUGUAAUUUCUAACUUAAGCUUUUAUUAAUGAAAAGAUUCCAUUUAUGUAUA